AUGACAAAGGAGACAGCAAAAGAUAUAGCCAACACACAUAAACAAAUAACACAGGCAGAAAAUCAAGCCAAAAACUUGGAAAACAUGUUGGGUGAUUUUGAAGCGAAAUUGGAUUCUAUUUUACACGAGGCCCAACAAUUAGACGCCAUCGAAUGUAUGCGGAGUCUUUCUGACAGUGAACCAAAUGUAAAGGAUACCAAGUGA